UCUGCUAUCAUUAUCAGCAUUCAAUUUUUGUUGUAACUGUACAAUAGAAUAAUCCUCAAUUAAUUUCUUAUUAUCCAAUGAAAAGUCUUUUCAACUGAAGUAUGUUUAAUCAAGUCAUUCUAGAACUGUUGAACUGUUUUGACGGACCAUGAAGCACUUUUAUUUUUCUCUGUAAAACCAAUCAUUGCAAUCCCCAACAAUCUUUCCUAAAUUUUGUUUGGAUAAACUGGCUUGUUCUUCUACAGGGUGCCACAAUAGGUAGACGCCGCAGCGCACAGGGGUGCACAAUGACAGCGUCCGGUAGCAGAGCGACACCCAACGACAACCUCCCCACCUACAAGCUGGUAGUGGUGGGAGACGGAGGUGUGGGCAAGAGUUGUAUCACCAUACAGUUCUUCCAGAAGUUGUUUGUCACCGAUUAUGACCCGACAAUCGAGGACAGUUAUCUGCAGCACACCGAGGUGGAUGGCAGCUAUUGUGUGCUGGAUGUUCUGGACACAGCAGGACAGGAAGAGUACAGCGCUAUGCGGGAACAAUACAUGAGGAACGGAGAUGGAUAUAUGUUGGUUUACUCUGUCACUGAUAAGCAGAGUUUCGACAACAUCAGACAUUUUCACACUCAGAUUCUGCAGGUCAAAGACAGAGAUACUUUCCCAAUGCUCUUAGUAGCCAACAAGGUGGACCUAGUUCAUGCCAGAAGAGUGACUGAGGAGGCAGGUCGAGAUUUGGCCCAGAUUUUGGGUAUAGCUUACAUUGAGACCAGUGCCAAAGAUCCACCUCUCAAUGUAGAUCAAGCUUUCCAUGAGGUUGUAAGAAUAAUCCGCAAUCAACCACCGGCCGAAUUGGAGAAGAGUCGAAGAAGAAGUAGAAGGAGACGGAGAAUGAAGUCAUGUGUCCUAUUAUAAAGGAGAGAAAGAGAAAGAGAGAGAACCACUUGUCAACUAACUGCCAGUUAAAGCACUAAAGGUUGUCGAAUCGAAAAAAUUGACCAGAAAAUUCAACAUUUUACUCCAUGUUUCCAACAAUAAAGGUAUGAAUCAACCAAGGUUAAACAAUAUUAUACUAAUGCAUUUACAAGAAGCUAUUAUGUAAAACGUACGGUGAACCGAUAUUUAUAGUUAUUUUAGGAACAUAUUUUUAUACAAAAGUGUUUGAAUUGAAAAAUAUUCGAGACAUUAUGCAUUUGUUCAGUUUUAACUUUUGAAUUUGUAAAAAACGAAUCAAAUUGUGAAACGCCCUAUCAAGAUAUAUAAGGUUUGUUACAUUUGAAAUCUAGUUGAAUCAACGGGAAUCACUGUUUUAGCUUCCAAAAAUUAACUUUGAUUUGUGAAAAAUAAUUAUUGUGAAAGGCUUCAUUAGGUUUAUAAGGUUCGAAAUCUGGUUGAAUAACUGUUGAAACAGUUUUUCGGUUUCAACGAGUUUUUUCCUUGUUGUUAUCAACUAGUUUUCAACAAAAAUACAUUUAGGUUUAAAAAGGUUUACAUAAGGUUCGAAAUCUAGUUGAAUCACUGUUGAAACAGUUUUUCGGUUUCAACGAGUUUUUUCCUUGUUGUUAUCAACUAGUUUUCAACAAAAAUACAUUUAGGUUUAAAAAGGUUUACAUAAGGUUCGAAGUCUAGUUGAAUCAACGGGAAUCACUGUUUUAACUUCCAAAAAUUAACUUUGAUCUGUGAAAAAUAAUUAUUGUGAAGCGCUUCAUUAGGUUUAUAAGGUUCGAAAUCUAGUUGAAUCACUGUUGAAACAGUUUUUCGGUUUCUACGGGUUUUUUGUUGUUAUUAACUGGUUUUCAACAAAAAUACAUCUAGGUUUAUAAGUUUCGAAAUCUUGUUGAAUCAACGGGGUCACUGUUGAAAUGGGUUUUCAGAUUCAACGGGUUUUUUGUUGUUAUUAACUAGUUUUCAACGAAAAACAUCUAGGUUCAUAAGAUUCGAAAUCUUGUUUAAUCAACGGGUUCACUGUUGAAACUGUUUUUUUGUUGUUAUCAACUAGUUUUCAGCGAAAAUACAUUGCUUUAGCACUUCAUUAUAGUGAGAUUCAGUUUAAGUUUUCCUUCUUUAUAAAUAUUAAUAUUGUUAAUUAUAAAUAACAUCAAUUUUAUUAUUAUUUAAAAUUGAUUAUCAUUGUUUUAACAUUGAUUAUUCAAUCAAUGUUAACAGUCGAAUCUCACACUAUAAUACUGAUUGAUAAAAAAUCUUGAGUCAAAUAAUAUAUUCUGGCCCGGUCGCACAAAAGCCGGUCAAUUUUUAACCGUAGUUAAUUUCACGAGAACCAAUCAGAGAAGGCGUUUUUGAAAAGACG